AUGCCGGAUGGUGCGGAUGGUGCUAUUGGUGCUGUACCUCAACCAACUAGCGAAACUUUUCGCAUAAAUUUCCAAAUUGAAGCUUUCAAUGAAAAGAACUGCAAGUGGGCGACAUAUGUGAAAGUUUUGAAGAAUAAAUUCACUCUACACAGUGUUCCCGUGGCUAAGCAGAAACCGAUCUUAUUGGAUGCUAUUGGCUUAUCAACUUAUGAACGACUUUGCGAUCUUUUUGCCCCUUUGGAUCCAGAAAAUGCCACCAUCACUUUUGAUAAGGUAGUAGAUAAAUUAUCGGAUUAUUUUAAUCCAGAGCCAAAUAAAUAUGCCGAGCGUUUUAAAUUUUACAAACGCAAUCAGAAGGAAAGUGAAGCUAUCCAAGAAUAUGCGGCUGAAUUAAAAAGGCUUUCUAUGUCAUGUAAAUUUCCCUCUGAAUGGCUUCAAGAAGGUUUAAUUACACAAUUUAGUGUAGGUAUUCUGAGUGACGAAAUUCGUUAUAAAAUUUUCGAAUCUGAACCUGACACUUUUGAAAAAGCUGUCACUGUUGCCAAAAAUUACGAAUUGACUAAAGCAGCUUCUGCUCAAACAAAUAAUGUGAUUGGUCAAGAUUCUUCGACCAUUCAUAAAGUCAAUUUUAAAAAUAAUGGGAAAUCAAAGAAAACCCAUUAUCAGUUAGAUUCUUCGUCUAAGAAAUGUUCUCGAUGUGGUUGGACCAAUCACACACCUGAUGAGUGUCCACACAAAGAGAGUACCUGUAAUGCAUGUGGAAAAAAAGGGCAUAUUUCGCCUGCUUGUUUAAGCAAAAAUUCUUCUCGAUCCACUAUGCAUAAAAAUCCGAAAAAGGGUAAAAAUUUCAAGUCUUCAAAAGAAGUUAAAUUGCUUGAUCGUUUUGACUAUUCGUCUGAUUCGUCUGAAAUUUCAGUAGACAUCCAUCAUUUGUCAGAUUUGAGAAAAAUGGAUGAUAAAAUUAUCAUGCCUGUUAUUAUUAAUAACCAACCUGUUGAUAUGGAAUUCGAUCCAGGUGCUGAAACCUUGAAGGAUGAAAAAUUGAAGCAGAUUUUAAAUGACCUUCAAUCUGGAAAAGAAGUUGAUGAAAUUAAUAUUAUGAAUGGACUAUUGGUCCGAGGUACCAGAACUGUAAUUCCUACCUCAUUACAGAAGAAGGUACUCGAAGAACUUCAUUUAGGUCAUAUGGGCUCUACUAAAAUGAAAACUUUAAGCAGAAAUUUCUGUUAUUGGUCAAAUAUUGACAAGGAUAUCGAAAACUUUGUUAAAGCGUGUCCAAAUUGUCAACAAAAAUUGCAAAAUCCGAAACCUGAAGUUCACCCAUGGGAAUUCGCUACAGUGCCAUGGUCCAGGUUACAUAUCGAUUAUGCCGAAUACGAGAAGAAAUUCUACCUAUUAGUUGUAGAUGCGUAUUCCAAAUGGUUAGAGGUGAUUCCAAUGUCCUCAACUACAAGUGAAGCAACAAUUAUUGCUUUACGUAAUAUUUUUUCUCGCUUUGGUUUACCAAUAACCUUGGUCUCCGAUAAUGGCCCACAAUUCGCUUCUACAGAGUUCUCUAAAUUCACUCGAAAGAAUGGUAUUCGUCAUUUAUUCACGACAAUUUACCAUCCACGAAGUAAUGGCCAAGCUGAACGUUAUUUAUCGGCGAGCACCAAACAGUACUACAGGCCGCAGCCCAGCUGA